AUGGUGCUCGCUAUUAACUUAUUAAAAAAAAUCUUAAUUCAAAUGUACUUUUGCGCUUUCUCCUUGAAGAAUUUUACAGAGUACAAACAGUCUUUUUCAGCAAUUGGAUACAACUGCAUCACUGCGAUCACCACUAAGAUAGCUCAUUCGGCAAGUUCACAAAGAAAUAAAUUACGGGGACAGACAGAAGCGCUUUGCGUUCUGGCAAAAUGCAAUUCUACACGGUUCGAAUUCAUGUUCACCUGCCUCAACUACUGCAGCAAAAAGUGUGUUCCAUAUUUUAAAACAAUUUCACUACAUCGAGUCAUUUUCUGUAGGGCAUAUGACACCACAAAAUUGUACCGUGAAGUUAAAAUGAGAGGUUCAAUCAUUGAUGACGAUCAGCUUAAGCUGUUGCCUUUGGAAGAGCACGUGAAGAUGAUAAUUUACAAUAACAAUUUCAAGAAAAAUGAGGGAAACUUGGGAUCAUUGGUGGUAACAAAUGUAAGGAUUGUAUGGUUCGCCGCAACAAACAGCUACUUCAACGUCAGCAUACCCUACCUUCACAUCGAAUCAAAAUUUGGAACGGCCUUGGUAAUCGAGACAUCACAGCAGAGUGGAGAUUUUGUUUUUGGUUUCAGGGUGGAUCCGAAAGAGAGGCUCGAAGAACUAGAGAAAGAAAUAAACAACAUCGCUGCUGCAUAUAAUGCAAACCCGAUAUUUGGCAUCGAAUUCGUAAAAGACACCGUGAGUCAUGUUUGA